UUAUACUAGUAAGUCCUCCUUCCAGAUCAACUCAAACCGGAUGAGAAAGUUAAACGAAAUUAAAGCCUUACUCAAAAACAAAUUAAACCACCUUCUACUCAAGACACAUCGGAUAUGUUAGAACGGUUAAUUAUUUCUUAACGUAAUGGAACUUGAAAUACGGUUGGUGUUUGGGAUGGUAAUUGUUCUAGCAAAGAUAGUAGCCGCAGCUACCCAAGCCCUUCCUGGCUGCACCGAAACAUGUGGGGAUGUCUCAAUUCCAUACCCGUUUGGCAUAGGAGUUUCAUCAAUCACCAGUAAAAGCUGUUUUUUGCACCAAAAUUUGGAACUUUUCUGCAAAGACAACUCAACUUUGUAUCUCCAAGGCGUUGACCUAAAAAUAUGGAACAUCUUCCUCAAAGGUCAACUGUACGUGCCGGCUUUGACUUCGAAGGUAUGUAGAGAUGAUUACAUCAGUGAAAGGAAGCAUGGCAACGAAGCCAGGCUUCCUAUAGAAAGCCGGGCGUUCGCGAUUUCUAAGGGAGAAAACAGCUUCAUAAGUGUAGGGUGUGACACUUAUGGGUUCAUCAACAAUAUUCAUGGCAGCGUAGGGAACACAGCAGGGUGCUUAACAAGGUGCAACAGCAUGGCUGAUGUGCAAAACGAUGGGAGUUGUACGGGGAUAGGGUGCUGUAAGGUGGACAUUCCUUUUGCAACGAAGAGCAAUAAUAGUAAUAAUAUGAGCAUAGAAGCACAUAGCUUCUCCAAUUUCAAUAGAUCAUGGGGAUUCAACAACUGCAGCUACUCCUUUAUAGCGAAAAAGGGUAUCUACAAAUUUUCGGUGAGUCAUUUGAUGAAGGGGGUAUCGUUGGAGAGGGUUCCCAUGGUUGUUGAUUGGAGCGUUGGAGAAUACGGCUGUGAAGUUUCCCGCCACAACAUGUCUGAGUAUAUAUGCAGCGGUAAUAGCAGUUGCGAGGAUUUCAAGAGUGGAUAUGGUCACCGAUGCAGAUGUAACAAAGGCUUUGAGGGAAACCCCUACCAUCCCGACGGCUGCCGAGAUAUUCAGGAAUGCAAGAACUAUAACAUGCAUAACUGCAUCAGUGAACAUUAUUGUCGCGAAACUGAAGGGUCAUUCGAGUGCUUUUGUCCUACCGGGGAGUCUGGAGAUGGAAAGAGAGAAGGUAAAGGAUGCCACCGAAGCCUUGUAACCAAGGGUGCAAUAAUUGGGGUAGGCGUUGGACUUUUGACCUUGAUUGUGGGAAUUUCCAGUGUGUACCUGAUGCAUCGAAAAUGGAAACCAUUCAAAUUGAAAGACAUGUUCGUUGAACAAAAGUUUUCCUUCCCGUCUGCUAAAAUCUUCACUGCAAAGCAACUCAGCAAGGCCACCAACAACUAUGAUAAAAAACAAAUCAUUAGUGAAGGAUAUAAUAGUACGGUUUUCAGAGGAAUUUUGUCCAAUAACAUGCUUGAUGUUAAUGUUGCUAUCAAGAAGUUCAGCUUCAGGGAAAUAGAUCAGAGCCGAAUUGAGGAAUUCUUGAAUAAGUUGGUUCUUCUAGAACAAAUCAGGCAUAGGAAUGUGGUCCCCAUCUUGGGUUAUUGUUUAGAGAGUGAAGUUCCUUUACUGGUUUAUGAAUUUUUCAAUAAUGGUACCCUUUUUGACAAGCUUCACAAGCGAAACAACAUCAACUUCUCAUGGAAAACUCGUCUACAGAUAGCAAUAGAGGCAGCUACAGCUCUAGAUUAUUUGCACUCAGGUACCAGAAUACCAAUUAUCCAUUCAAAUGUUUCAAGUGCCAACAUUCUCCUUGAUGACACUUAUACUGCCAAAUUAUUGCUUGAUUUUUGUACGAAUGUAAGUUUGAGUUCGAUGCAUGAAAUUGGAUUAGAUCUUUAUUAUUUGGACCCAGAGUAUUUUCACACAAACUACCUUACUGUGAAAAGUGAUGUGUAUAGUUUUGGUGUUGUGCUAGCAGAAUUGAUAAUAGCAGGGGCGAAACAAAUUUAUGUUGAGAAACCAGAAGGGGGAUUUCCCCUUCUUGCUAAGCAGUUCAUCUUAACCUUGGAAAAGAAUAGCUUGGUUGAUAUUCUUGAAACUGGGAUUGUGAAUAAAGAAAAUGAGGGGGAAAUCAUCCAAGUUGCUCUACUUGCAGCAAAGUGUUUGAGAAUUCAUGCAAAAGAAAGGCCCAGCAUGCAAGUGGUUCUAAAGGAGUUGGUGAGUAUAAGAGAGAAGCAUCAAAGCAGACGCUACUCAGACUUAAGUUUGUUUGAUGAUACAUCUAGCGCAUUUGAACAUGGCAGUAGUAGAACUAGCAGUGUCCAAGAAUCAUGUACUGAUUCAAUGUAAGUUAUAAUAUUCAACUCAGUAAUAUAUGUUAGAACUCAAUGAGGAGAUUAAGGAAAUGAUAUUGUAUUUAAGUUGUGUAUAUAAUUAUUGUAUGAAACCAUAUAAGUAUUAUA